GAAAAUAAAUAUUGCCGAGAGCGUCACACAGUUUAACUUUCUUUGUAUAGCUUGUCAGCCUGUCUCAACAUUUCGUUGCAUCAACAACAAAAGAAAAUAUCGAAAGAUGAGUACUAAAGAAAAGAAGUACCGGUAUGAAAGCAUCGUCAUUCCUUUCGAGGGGUACCCAAGAGUGCACUAUUUCAAAGCCAGGAUAAAGGACUUUCAGAAAAGAUUUGAUACAGUAAUGGGUAAACUCCCUAGCAAUGUACGUGACGAAAAUGUGACGCAGUGUAUCGAGGCUCUGAACAAAACCAUUGACAAGAAAAUGAAUUUAAUUGUAAUUGGAGAAGACGUUGUUCCUCUUGAAGAUCUAUGCAUAUCAACGCAGUGUAUAGAUGAUAUGGAAACCGUGUCUUCUUCGUCCUGUGUGACUGUUAUCAUCUGCCAUGCUGUUAUUGAUGCGCUGGACGAGAAAAGUGUAAAGAUAAUGGUAUUGGUCGCUCAACAGAUAUCAAAAACCGUUAGAAGCAUCGGUAUGAUAGAUUCAGUCCUCAUUUUUGGCAAAGCCAAGGGAACGUUCACAGACGAAGAAAGAACGACAUUUCGAGAUGACGUAAAUCGGGAAAUUGAAUCAUCUACCGGUCUUUUCGUAAACACAUCAAAUAUAAUUAUUUCGACUGAGAUUGGCGAUCUCAAAAGUAAAAUAUCAUCUAUAUACGAAGCACGCAUAAUCGAAGUGUUCGUAAAGAUACGUUUAUUUCUAAGUCUAUUUGUCACGAAAAAUCGCCGAGUAGCUCAAAAGCAACACGACGUACUGGAGAAUAAACUAAUGUUAAAAGCAGUCUUAAACUUUCUUCGAAAUGGGUUUAGCAUAUGUGAUUUCAUGUGCAUACAAGAUACUACUAGUAACAAAUCUUUUCUCAAUCAGAUAGUUGGACGUUUGGCUAGGCAUGUUAGAUGCACAAUAAUACCUCCCGUAGCUUCAAAACAUAUGCUGCCAAAUUGGUUAUGUGCUGAACUUCUUAAUGAAAUAAAAUUUGAAGAUGUUCUUAUUAAAUCAAUUUCAAACAAAUCUCGAUACCUUUUGUGUAAACUGGAACGUAUUUGUAUAUCGGCUAAAACGAUUAAACGAAAUAUCACAAAUGGCAAACAUGUAUCUGAUUCAGCAAUUUGGAAUGUUUCGCAUUGUUUUUCAUUUGAUUUUAUUCAAUAUCCUCUUCAAAGAGACUUCAAGGAAGCAGCAUCGAAGACAGAAAGUACAAUGUCUUCUGUGAGACGUUUAUUGAACGUAAUGGGUAAAAUGAUUUACGAAAUAGACGGGUACUUGAAACAAUCCAUUGUACAGUAUGUUCCAGUUCCUAAUAAAGAGCCUACCAUAAAUAUACCGGACAGACUGCGACGUGAUAUACUGGCAAUGGAUGGUGUCUAUGGUAUUGGAACAAUUUAUGGAGAAAUAGAGAUCCACUUAUUGAGAGAUACAGAAAAUGAGGAUGCAAUUCCAAAUUUAGCAGCUCGUCUCCAAUCACUGAUGCGAGAAUAUCACUUACAAAAUGCGUACAAGAUUAAACAAAUAAAACAGUAGAUGAUAGAAGUAAACGAUAGGUAAUUAAAAUGUCUCUAAUGUUGUCAAUCAAUCUCAUAUGCUUAUAUUGUUUCAACUUUCCAACUUCAAUGAAAAAAAAAAAAAAAUAUUUCAUCAGUGCUAAAGAUCAUGAAGAUAGCGAAAAACCUACAUUUAUCAUUGUAGUUAAUAUUUUUUGUUGUUUUUACUGCAUGUUAGUUUCAUGCAUAUUAUGUGUAUAUACUGAAUGUAUUGACUUUAAUAAUUUUGAAAAAUGUGGCCAACGUCUAAAAAAAAAUCGGACAAUUAUAUGCAGGAUAUUGUGUGAAAGUCAUACGAAGCUGCUCAUUGAAGAAAAUAUUUGUAAAGUAAAAAUAACUGUUGCACGGACUUCAUACAUGUAUAUUUUAAUAAAACAUCCAAAAAUGCACAAAAUGUUUUAUGCCAUUAUUGUUGAACAAAUGAAAUUAAACUCGU